UCCCCCAGCAGCCUCAGUGGCCCCAGUGACCACACCACCACUGAUCAGGCCACCACUGACCACGCCACCACUGAUCAGGCCACCACUGACCACGCCACCACUGAUCAGGCCACCACUGACCACACCACCACUGAUCAGGCCAACACUGACCACGCCACCACUGACCAUGCCAACACUGACCACACCACCACUGACCAGGCCGUCACUGACCAGGCCGUCACUGACCACACCACCACUGACCAGGAAGUCACUGACCACACCACCACUGACCAUGCCACCACUGACCACGCCACCACUGACCACGCCACCACUGACCAGGCCACCACUGACCACACCACCACUGACCAGGCUACCACUGACCACACCACCACUGACCACACCACCAGCAGCCCAAAGUGGAAUCUUGGCAGCCUCAGCAGGACCACAUGCAGCCCUGACAGGAUCCCCAGCACACAGAACACGGAAAAGGAAAGUGGAAAGAAGUGGCCAUUGGAGUGGGUGCCGGAUAAGGACACCUGUUAGUUCUUCCAGUUUCACAAGGUUCCCAAUGCUGAAGGUGUAGAAGCACUGUUACAUGUCAGAUUUGUGAUUUUUUAUUUGUUUGUUAUUCCUUCUUAAUGUUAUAAACAUAAACAAGACUGCCUGUUGGGCCUGGAACUCUCCACAGCUGCUUGUGGCUGUAUUUCAUUUUAAACUUUGUAUUGUUUAUUACUACUGUUGUGUUUUGUUGCACACCAAUUGUUAUCACUUGAAGAUACGAAUCUUCAUUGACACUACUAUCUUCAAUAUUACUACUGUUGUGCUUUGUUGCACACCAAUUUUUGUCACUUGAAGAUAUAUGAAAAAAAUACCAAAUGAAGUACUUUGUUCUUUAAUAUCAUACUAUCUGAAUUUUUUUCCUAUUUGUGUUACAGUGAACCAUGUGUUACCAUUGAAUUUCCCCUCAGGGAUUAAUAAAGUAAUAAUAAUAUA